AGAGAUUGGAGAAGGAUUCCGAAAGGGGGUCGGGAGAGAGAGAGAAAGAGGGAAGCGAUUUUUCAAUGGAAAAUCAAUGCAAAUUUUAUCACCGGUCAACUUUCCACAUGGCGGAUUCGUAAGAACAAGUCGGCUAUCGUAAGAGCGUGUCGGCAACUCGAACCGGUGAAAAGAAAUACCGAUGAUCAACAGCGAUCGUAACGAUGCGUUUCGUCGUGCAGCUCUUUCUUCUUUGCCUACUCGUGAUGGGAAAUCGGGUCGAGGCGAUCUGGCCAAAAGUAGGAAAUCCGUUGAGUUCCGUUUGGUGGAAUUUCUCCCCUCGCUCGUCGACUUCUGGCUCUUCCGGAUCCAGCAGCUUGAGUUCCUCGUCCGAGGAAGAGGAGUGCGCGGAAUGCGCCCACAAUAAGAUCAGUUUGCUCGCGAGCGAUCCGAUUUUGACCGAGCUCAGGGUCGAGUACGUCAAGCAACAAAUUCUGAAGAAACUGCGACUUUCCAAGCCUCCAGAGAUAUCGAUGCCGCUCUCGACCUUGCCGAAGCCUUUGAUAAACGGUCGUGUGCUCGAACUUCGACCCGGAGCGCCUCUCGAACCGGAAAAAUCAAUCGACAGUUUCUACGGGAAAACCGACCAAAUUGUUGUUUUUCCAAACGAAGGUGUAGCCGAUUCGAAGAAUUGUCGACAAAGUUCAAAUCAUUUGACGGGGUUUAACCCUGCAGCUUGUUUCACUUUUUAUCUGCCGAACGAGAUGCAAUUCGUGGACGUGACUUCGGCGCAACUAUGGUUCUACAAGGAGUACGACGAGAACGAUGAUUUGAACCAAACUUUUGUGCUGUCCGAGCUCGAUCAUUGGGAUCUCGGUGGGAAUUUUGAAAAGAACACGGUAGUGGCUAUCUUCCAAACAGACAUCAAAGAGGGUUGGGUAAAGACGGAUGUGAGUUUCACCGUGAAAAAAUGGGUAGAAGAGCUUCGGUUGAAUCACGCGAUACAGAUAGCUUGCAGUACCUGCUCGAUGGACCGCGACACCGCCCCCGUGUCCGUCGAACUCACUUUGAAACCGUUCCUCGUGAUACACACGUCGCCGCUACCGCAGAAGAACAGACCGAAGAGGAAUUCGAAUUGUCUACCGGAAAUGAAGGAAUGCUGCAGGGACGAGCUGUACAUCAAUUUCGAGGAUAUCGGCUGGAGCGAUUGGAUUCUGCAUCCGAGCGGAUAUCACGCCUACUUUUGCCGCGGCUCUUGUUCUUCCGCGGCUUCUUUGACCGCCAGUGGCUCUCCCUACAACAACGUAAUCAGGAGGCUUCUGGCUAGAAGAGGAAACACGGUGCAUCGCAGGAGCGAAAUCGUGCCGUGUUGCUCGCCGACGCAACUGUCGGCCAUUCAGCUGCUUUACGUCGAUUCGAACAAUACGAUCACUCAAAAGACACUGCCCAACAUGGUGGUCGAAGCUUGCGGUUGCAUGUGAUCGGAAUACCCCGAAAUAUCGCGUUCAAAUUCAAAUUCAAAUUCAAAUCGAAAUUUGUACCGACGUACUCGCUAUACGGGAAUAUCGCGUUCCAUCCGGUCGACCGUGUCUGCCAACCUUCGGCUGCACACGUGCAUACAAUAUAUAUACCUACACGACUGACAAGUAUGCGAAAAUAAUUGA